AUGGCUUCCAUCACAACAGACGCCAUAGACUUCACGCUCAUGGCUGAGGCUCAACGAUCGGAUGGCGAACUUCCCCAAUACCGCCACGAGGACUCUUCUUUACGCCUUCAAGAUGUCCCCCUUCCCACUGGCACUGGCACCAUCACGUGCGACCUUUCUACCGGACACGAACGUCCUUUUGUUCCAGCAACUUUACGACGACGAGUGUUCAACGCUCUUCACAAUCUAUCCCGCCCUGGAGUCCGGGCGACAGUGAAACUCAUCACUGACCGAUUCGUCUGGCCCAACAUCAACCGGGAUGUACGGCGUUGGACCCGCUCCUGUUUACCAUGUCAACGAGCCAAAACGCAUCGGCAUACUAUUACUCCGCCAGGAACUUUCGCCACUCCUGAUGCACGCUUCAGUCAUGUGCAUAUUGACCUGGUAGGUCCGCUGCCACCAUCUAACGGUUCUACCUAUAUGCUGACAUGUAUUGAUCGCUUUACUCGGUGGCCGGUUGCUGUGCCUAUUCCGGACAUCAGUGCCGAAACCGUAGCAAGAGCUUUCUUGACUCAUUGGGUGUCCAAUUUUGGAGUUUCUGCGACUGUCACCACUGACCGCGGAUCCCAAUUCGAGUCCACGCUGUUUCGCGAAUUCACAUGCCUUCUCGGUACCAACCGAAUCCGAACAACAGCGUACCACCCUCAAGCAAAUGGUCUCGUCGAACGCUUCCAUCGACAGCUGAAGACUUCCCUUAUGGCCCAGCCCGAUCCUUCCCGAUGGUCUGAUCACCUUCCCCUGGUGCUGUUGUCCCUCCGUUCCACUCUCAAGGCCGACAUCGGUUGCACUGCAGCUGAUCUUGUCUACGGAACCUCCCUACGACUGCCCGGUGAGUUAGUUUCUCCUUCAAACACGCUAACGUUUUUUGAACCCUGCAGUUAUGUGGAGCGACUAUGUAGUGCCAUGCGCAAUCUCCGCGCAACGCCCCCUCGGGCGUCACCGGCCAAUUCCUUCAUCCCACCCGACCUGGAGAAGUGCGAUUUCGUCUGGGUUCGGCAUGACGCUGUCCGACGACCACUCCAACCACCCUAUCACGGGCCGUAUAAAGUCCUUCGUCGAUCUGACAAAGAUGCUGUCAACGACCGCAACGGCAAGACCGACACAGUCAGCAUCGAUCGCGUCAAGCCGGCCUACAUCGACGACAGUAACCAUUCCUCCCCUCAACAACGCACCCCGCCUCAGACAGUGCGGCCUCCUCCACCUACUGGCGACAGCCCGCCUCCGGUUCGCCGCACACGAUCUGGUCGCCACGUCCACUGGCCCGACAGGUUUGUGGCUGGCUAG